AUGCCCCCCGCAGCAGUAACCAAUCUAGGCUACACCCCACCAGACGGAGGCUGGGGCUGGGCUGUCGUCUUCGGCGCUUUCAUCUCCAUAGGAUUCUCGUAUGCCUUUCCCAAGUCCCUCACCAUCUAUUUCAAGGAGAUUCAGGAAUAUUUUUCAGUUUCCUACAGUGAGAUUGCCUGGUUGUCCUCAGUCAUGCUUGCUUCUAUGUAUGCAGGAGGCCCUGUCAGCAGUAUACUGGUCAAUCGCUAUGGCAGCAGACCUGUGGUUAUAGUUGGCGGGGUCAUGGUUUGCACUGGCAUGGCUCUUGCUUCUUUUGGAACUAAUAUAAUACAUCUGUACCUCUGUGUUGGAGUAAUUGGAGGUUUUGGUCUCGCCUUCAACUUGCAGCCCUCCCUGACGAUCAUAGGCACUUACUUCCAGGUCAAAAGGCCCAUGGCCAAUGGACUCGCUAUGACUGGAAGUCCAGUUAUUCUCUCCACUCUGGCUCCUCUCAAUCAGUUUCUGUUUGAUUCCUUUGGUUGGAGGGGGAGCUUCCUCAUCCUGGGAUCCAUUGUUUUGAACUGCUGUGUAGCUGGUGCUUUGAUGAGACCAGUCAACAAAAGCAUACAACGGAAAACAAUAGAUGAGUCAUCAAAUACCCACUCCGAUAACCUUCAGACUGAAGAUCAAAGUGAGAGCAAGGGUCACAGCUUUGUGCAGAAAUUCAUAGAUGUCUCACUUUUCAGACACAGGGGCUUCCUCAUUUAUCUAAUUGGUAAUGUGGUCAUGUUUUUUGCCUUUUUUGCACCUGUGGUUUUCAUGGCUCCAUAUGCCAAACAUCAAGGGAUUGAUGAAUAUUCAGCAGCUUUCUUGCUCUCCAUUUUUGCUCUGGCGGACAUGUUCAUUAGACCGACAACUGGCUUCGUUGGCAACACCAAGUGGAUUAGGCCGAGAAUACAGUAUUUUUUCAGUUUUGCUGUUUCAUACAAUGGCAUAUGUCACCUAAUGUGCCCACUGGCAUCUGGCUAUACAGGCCUAGCUAUAUAUGCUGUCUUCUUUGGUUUGGCAUUUGGGAUGCUUUCUGCACUCCUUUUUGAAGUUCUAAUGGACCUUGUUGGAGCUCCUCGUUUCUCCACUGCUGUUGGACUUGUCACCAUUAUUGAGUGUGGGCCAGUGCUUCUGGGACCUCCAAUGUCAGGAGCUUUGGUUGAUUAUUUUGGUGAUUACAAAUACAUAUAUUAUGCAUGCGGUGUAUUCAUGCUGGUUUCUGGCAUAUUUUUCUUCGUUAUGCAUUACUACAACUAUAAAAAACUGGAUGAGGAGCGCAGGAAGAGCAAAGCAAUGGAGACAAGGAAUUCUGACGAGGCAGUACAAUUAAAAAUGAACCAGGCUGAUAGAACGAUGAAUGAAACAGAUGAAUGA